ACACACAAAGCUGAGCCCAUUUUCUGAAAAGCUGUUGAUAAACAGCUGUGUCAUUUUUUUUUCAACCUCUGUGCUGCUGUUAAUUCUUCUAUUAUCAGGCUGGAAAUGUGUUUUCUCUCUUGAUCAUGAGGGGAUCAGGUGUCAGGGACAAACUUUAGAAUUUCUCCUGUUAAUAUGGUCGGCUGUUUCUCUCAUGUGAGAAAUGUCAGCUGCUCCUCAUGGACUUGGACACAAAAUGUAUCAACGAUACCUCACUCCCCGAGUGCUAUGAGGAGUCAUCAGGUCCACUUGCUGUGAUCAUCAUCCCUUCUCUCUUAGCCUUCAGCUCUGUUUUAGUGGUGGCUCUGAUCUUCUACAGUCUCCACAAGAACAAACAAAGAGGACAGAGCACCUCGUGUCAUUUUACAAAUGGCCAGCAGAGUGUAACCCUGACCGCAGCCUCUGUAAGCACUCCAAAGGUCCAGCAGGCUUUGUAUCCCUGGGAAAUUCCUCAGGAGUGUGUUCUUGAGGGCCUAGAGUUUUGGCAGACAGGUCGCUAUGGCCCCAUUUGUAAAGGUCUGCUAAAGAAGAAAGACUGUCCCUCCUCUGCUGUGGUGGUGAAGUGCCUUCGAGAUGGCCCCAACCAGCCUGAAGCGAAGGAGUUUGUGGAGUGGCUCCUGUUCCAUGCCACAGUGUGUAAACACCAGAAUGUGGUGCAGAUGUUGUACUGUCAGACCAAGCAUCUGCCCAUGUAUCUGGUCUUAAAUGCCUACAGCCCAGGGAACCUCCUCCACUUCCUCUGGACGCUCAGAAAUAAGAAUUCAGACUCUGACGCAGAUCCAUUGCAGAAUUUCUCUGAGAAGUCAGUGUUUCUGAUGGCAAAGCAAGUUGCAGCUGGCCUGGAUUACCUGAUGUCAGAACACAGGCUGGUGCAUGGGGAUGUUGCUGCCAGGAACAUCUUAAUUGGCCCAGGCCUCUCAGCUCGGGUGUCUGGACUGGGUGUAGCAUUUGGAGGACGCAGGAUGGAUUCAGCAUUUAGGCAGAGGGCAACAGAGGUGCCUCUCAAAUGGCAGGCUCCAGAGAGGAUUAUGAUGCAGCUCAUUAUCGACAGGAGUGACGUGUGGUCAUUUGGAAUCUUACUCUAUGAGCUGGUUACCUUAGGCUCUCCUCCAUACCCUGAGUUAGAGCCUCUGUCAGUCCUUCCAAAGCUACAAGGGUCUUAUCGAAUGAAGAGACCAGGGAAUUGUGGAGGACCUUUGUAUGAUCUGAUGAAGUACUGUUGGAUGUGGAAUUUCAAAGACCGACCGACUUUCUCAGCCAUCAUCAAGCUGUUGGACUCCUCACUGCACCUAGCAGCUCUUAAACCUCUUCAUGUUCGUGAGGUCAUAGACAUAUUUGAGUAUAACAGGAAGGCAGGGCUGCUCUCCUAAACUCAUGUACUAUCAAAUAUGACAACAACCGAUAAAAGGAACUUAAACAUAUAAAGUCUGAUUAUCUCUCAGGCUGCAAAGUAGCAUCCUCUGAGUACUGUUGAAUGUCUUCCAUUAAAGUUGUACAUUGGUAACAAAUAACCGCCAAAUGUUGAUAAAGUAACAACACCGAAACAAGUUGUUUUCUUUUUAUAUUUAUUGUCAAAAUGUACAGACUGAUGCACAGAUCUUAUAUUCUUUUUUUUUAUUAUCAUUGGGCAGAGUACAGUUUUUGUAUCUAUAAUGCUCUGGGCAUGCAUACAUUACUGUGAAUUUACAGUUUGAAAACCAAAACACCCACACAGGAAAGCUGAAUGCACUACUGAAUGUCCAAGAGUAGAUUUGUAUUUGUGUUCAAUCUGUGUAUGCACUUUAUACUGUUUUUUUUCCUCACAACGUCGGUUACCAUAAACCAAAGUAGGUUUAAAUCAAUAUCUGAAUCAGAGGACGUGAUCUUUUGUAUUAGUAUUUUUAUAACAGAGGACUUGAUUUAUGAAAUCCUGCUCCGUCUUCUCAGUUUUCCCUCAGAAAACUCUGUUAUGGAGAUAACUCAUAAAGUGUUAACACUAUGAGUUAUGGUUUAUACAAGGUUCAAAUCAUUAAAAUGAGGUGAGUGUGAACAA